AUGAGAACCCACACUGGUGAAAAACCUCACGCUUGUGCAUAUUGUCCAGCGAAGUUUUCUGAAUUGCAAAACCUAACCGAGCAUGAGAGAGCCCAUACUGGGGAAAAACCAUUUACUUGUAAGGUUUGUUCAAGGACAUUUUCUCGAUCCUUUGGCCUAAUUAGACACUUAAAAACCCAUACUGGAGAAAAACCUUAUGCUUGCGAAUAUUGUUCAAAAGCUUUUACCCAAAAGGCUACCCUAACUAGGCACAAGAGCAUCCAUACUGGUGAAAAGCUCUAUUCUUGUAAAGUUUGUUCAAAGGCAUUUUCUCGAUCCUCAUGCCUAAAGGAUCAUUUAAUAGUUCAUACUGGUGAAAAAAUAUAUUCUUGUGAGGUUUGUGAAAAGAAAUUUUCUCGAUCCUUUAACCUAAUUAGACACCUAAGAACCCAUACUGGUGAGAAACCUUACGCCUGUGAAUAUUGUUCGCUGAGGUUUUUUGAAUCAUCAUACUUAAUCUCUCAUAAGAAAAUCCAUACUGGUGAAAAACCCUAUUCUUGUAAGGCCUUCUCUCAAUCCGCGAGCCUGAAGAAACAUUUGAGGGUUCAUACCGGGGAGAAACCUUAUUCUUGCGAUUAUUGUUCGAAGACAUUUACUGAACGGGGAGCCUUAACUAAGCAUGAGACGAUCCAUUCUGGGGAAAAAAGUUAUUCUUGUGAGCAAGAUAUUUGA